CGUCCGGGCCGCGCUGAUCGCAGCGCGCCAUUGGCCGCUGUCUGCGCGCACGUCACGAUCAUGAUGAGAAUUAAUGAUCGGGGCCGCUGAUUUCAUUGUGUGACGCCGGGACCGACCCAGCCGAGCCCGGCCGAGCCCGGAGCCCCCGCGCCGGCCCCGCGCUACACGUGCCAAUGUGUUGCCAACCAGCUGGACACCUGGCUUCCCAAAAGCUCACAGGCUUGUUUGCUAAGCUUGGCAAGUCAAGAUCAAAAUGAAAUUAUGAUAAAAAUCCAUGUGGAUUUCUAACUUGGAGUCUGAGGUUCAAGACAAAGAUGAAUCUGCGUUCUGUGUUUACUGUAGAACAACAAAGGAUAUUGCAGCGGUACUAUGAAAAUGGAAUGACAAAUCAAAGUAAAAAUUGCUUUCAGCUCAUAUUGCAGUGUGCACAAGAAACUAAACUGGAUUUCAGCGUGGUCAGGACGUGGGUUGGCAACAAGCGGCGGAAGAUGAGCAGCAAGAUCGCCGUGGAAUCUGGGGGCACCCCCCCGAGCACUGCCCCCGCCACUCCCUCCGUGCCCCCGGAGGCAGCCGUGAGAAACGUGGUGAAUAUUGCUCGAUCCCAAAGCCAGCAAUCCUCUUGGACCUCUUCUAACAAUGAUGUGAUCGUGACCGGGAUCUACAGCCCCGCCGGCUCCUCGGGCCGCCCGGGAGCCGCCAAGCACACGAACGCCGCCGUGGCGGAGCUGCACAAAACCUCCGUCCCACGGCUCCCGGGCAAGAGCGACGCGGACUUCCAGCAGCAGCACAUCCCUCUGGGACGGCAGGUGCCCCACUGUAAAAACGCUUCCCUCUUGGUGGGGGAAAAGACCAUUAUUCUAUCCAGGCAAACGAGCGUGCUCAAUUCUGCGAACUCCAUCUACAGUCACACGAAGAAAAGCUACGGCAGCUCCUCGGUGCAGACGGCGGAGCUGGUGUUACCUCAGAAACCCAUGAUCUGCCACCGGCCCUGCAGGGCCGAGCCCUUGGCGUGCCAGCGCUUGCACAAGGCCGAGCCCGCGGCCCUGGCGCCGCACGUUCCCCCGGGGCCCAGGGCUCACCCCCGGGAGCCGGGCUGCGGCACCCAGAACCUGGAGAUCCGCGAGGUGUUCUCGCUGGCCGUCACGGACCAGCCGCAGCGCCUGGUGCCGGGCAGCGCCGCGCAGAAAGCGGCCUCGCUGGAGGGCAGCUGCCUGUCCAUCGCCAUGGAGACGGGCGACGUGGAGGACGAGUACGCCCGCGAGGAGGAGCUGGCCUCCAUGGGGGCGCAGAUCCAGAGCUACUCCCGCUACUGUGAGGGCAGCGGCUCCGGCCGCAGCGGGGACAACCAAAGCACGGCCGGGCCGGGCCGCAGCGGGGGCUGCGGGGCACAGCUGGGCCCUGCCCGCGACGGGCCCGACAAUCUCCUGUACCACAGCAGAGAGUUCCACCUGCCUGCACGGACCUCAUUGCACACCGCGUCCAGCACGAUUUAUAACCCUGCCAACGCAGCCAGAAGUACCUUUUCUCCUCAUUUUACAUCUUCAAGUCAACUGAGGCUGUCACAAAACCAAAAUAAUUACCAGAUUUCAGGAAACCUUACUGUGCCUUGGAUUACAGGUUGUUCCAGAAAGAGAGCAUUACAGGACCGCACACAAUUUAGUGACCGAGACUUAGCUACCCUAAAGAAAUACUGGGACAAUGGCAUGACCAGCCUGGGCUCAGUCUGCAGAGAGAAAAUUGAAGCUGUGGCUGCAGAAUUAAAUGUUGACUGUGAAAUAGUUCGGACUUGGAUUGGGAAUCGAAGACGGAAAUAUCGUUUAAUGGGGAUUGAGGUCCCACCCCCUAGAGGAGGUCCUGCUGAUUUCUCUGAUCAAUCUGAAUUUGUUUCUAAAUCAGCACUUAAUCCAGGAGAGGAAACUGCUACUGAAGUGGGGGAUGAUAAUGAUAGGAAUGAUGAAGUGUCAAUCUGCUUAUCUGAAGGAAGCUCACAAGAAGAGACAAAUGAAGCUCUUCAAAAUGAAGAAAUUGGCCACAAAGAUGAUGACCAGAAUCCAGUUUCCACUGAUAAUGUGAAAAUAGAAAUUUUAGAUGAUGAGGAGAGUGAUCUGAUCAGCAACUCUGAAGUGGAUCAGAUGAGUUCUCUUUUGGAUUACAAGAAUGAAGAAGUCAGGUUCAUCGAGAGUCAGCUGGAGAGCCACAAACAGAAAUACUUUGAGCUGCAGACAUUCACCCGCAGUUUGAUACUUGCUAUUAAAGCAGAUGACAAGGAACAGCAGCAGGCUCUGCUUUCAGACUUACCUCCUGAGCUGGAAGAGAUGGAUUUCAACCACACCUCCCCGGAGCCCGACGAUACCUCAUUCAGCCUCUCGUCGCUGUCGGAGAAGAACGCCUCAGACAGUUUGUGAUGCUCUGGCCUGGAGACCCAGCACACACCCCAGGGAGGUGCAGAGCAGAGACAGACACACAGACAGGCUUUGCUCUGCAGUGUUCUCAGCCUGGCUCCUCACAGCCUUGCAGUGCCCAGGAGUUGGCAGUGCUGGCUUUGGGAAAUGGAAGAGGUGAGGGAAGGGUGCACUGGGAGCAGCUUGGCCUCGGGUAGGAUUAACUUUGAUCUCCAGAACAGCUCUGGCUCUGUAGCAAAGUCUUUUUUUGAGCAGGGAUGCAAGUGUGGGAAACACACCCAGUGAAUUCUCCAGCUCCACGUGCUCCCCAGGCCUGUUUAUUAUAUUUUUCCCCAUUUUUACUCAGGUAGGUGGACUAAAAAUUGGGGAUCCAAAUAGAAUAACGGGCUUUCUCUGAGUUGUGCUUGAAAACCUGAAAUUAAACUGAAGUGGUUUUUGUUUUCUGAUUUGAGAUUGUUAAAUCUUCCAUUUUUCUGACCAAAAUAGCUGAAAAAACUUUGAAAGGCUAACUGAAAAAAUUGAAUUAUCGUGAAUAAAUUAUUAAUGCAAAGAAGCAGUGAUAAGUGUUGGAAGAAAUGAGGUGGAAAUGGGAACCCUGAUAGCUGCAGGAUACAACUUCCUAAUACAGUAGCAAUGGGAUUGGAUGUUUACACUCUUUAGAGUUUAAUGAUUGUAGUCACAGUUUUUAUUUGUCAAAGCCUAAAUGCUAAAGUACUGCUUAUUAUUUUAAUUCUUGGGUAUAUAUUUCUCCACAAACUUUGCUCCAGUUUACCAAGCCAGUGAGAAUUCCCCAGCUGUCAUUGCACCCUGCAAGGUUUCCCAGUGUUGGAAGUGAGCUCUGCACAUCUGCUUUGAAGCUCUGCCUGGUGCAUUUUUUGGCAAAUGCCUUUUCUAAACUGUGAUCUGGAUUGCAGGCAGGGGCUGAACUGGAUUUUCUUCUUUCCCAGAGCUGUUGGCACUGAAUGCCCUCAGUGCUGUGGUGGGAUGGCUGUGCAGGGGUGUCCAGGUGGAUUCAGGGGGAGUGUUGGGGUCCAGGGAAUGCCUGGCCAAGGCAGGGGUGCUGAGCUUGAGCUGACAGGGUGGGGACCAGUCCUGGAGCUCUUCUCCUCCAGGGUGGGUCUGUGGGAUGCUGCAGGUGCCUGCCCAUGGCAUUGUUGCUCCAAUUCCAACCUGGAUAUCCCUCAGCAAGCAUUUUUCACACAGAUACUUCAGUCUGGUAAAAAACCUGAUCUUCCCAUUUUAUGCCAAAUAAUAAUUGUCUCUGAGGAAUCCUUGUUCAUGCAGUGAGUAACUCCCUUAAUUUCAGUGGGAGGUCCAAGAUGUAGCUCAGAAAAUCCAAAGUGUUGGGGAAAUAACACCUUUUGUUCCUUUAAUUCUGGGGUUAGACUCAGGUUUUAGGGUUUUCUCAGCCUGAUCAGUUCCUCCCUAAUCACUUGUACAGCUCUUUCUGUUUAGUAUCAGUAGUGAGCUCUGAUCUUUCAGGUUUUCAGUCUCUCCUCUCCUUGGGCACGGGGAGCUUUUAGCAAUACUGUUCAACACCAGCUGCAGAAAGGGCAGGAAUGAUUUAAAAGGUGUUCUGAGAAACCAAACUCUCACAGUUCUGCCCCCCUGUACAGUUCUGUACAGUUCCCAGCAGAGCCACCCUUCCACAGGGAAAUCCAGAGUUCCAGGCCUGUGUGUGAGCUGGGGCAUUAAAACUCAGAGUGGGAAUGAGGUUUGUGAGCAGAGCUCACUGUAUUGUCCUGCACAGAUACACAGGGCUGAGAUGGAAUUCUCUGCAAAACUCAUUUAUAAAGGGUUUUCUGUGCCAGGCUGACAAUGGUUUCUAUUGCUGUUCUCUUUAGACAGGAAAUCUGUGCCACUGACAAUGAAACCUCUUGUUUUUUGUGAAAUUAACAUAAAAUAGUGCUGGGAGCUGCCACUGUUUGGCCCCUGUUUUUCUGCUUCUUCCACUUGAAUUCCCAUGACAGAGAGCAGGAUACUCUUUAACAGGACUUCUCAAUUUCAUGGUCAAUUAAAUCAUCUGCCUUCCUGCAGGAAAAACUUCCAUUGAUGAUUCCUACUUUGCUGUCUUGCUGCUAUUUCAUACCCAAACAAAUGGAAGGGAUGAAUUUUGAAUGAACUGUUUGCUAGAUACAAGCAAUGAUGUCAGUCCCUGUUCUCCAGGGAGCUGGGAUCCUCUUGGAUUGCACCUGAGGGGAGCUGCACUCAGGGCCCACCCCAUCCCUGGGGAGACAAAACACAGCCUGGAACACUUGACAGCACUACAGGGUAGCCAGGAAAAAAAAAAAGAGUAUAAAUUCUAUCCCUGAAUAAGAGAAUCUGGGGAGGAAGAUGCUCCACAGCUCCUUGGCUGGGUUUUUUUCAGUAGCAGUGGGUAUUUCCAGCAGAGAUUGAGUAACUGUGACCAUUAUUGGUGGUUAAAUGUUGGUGCAGAGCAAGGGGGUGGCUCUGGGCUGGGUUUGGGUUCAGGGUGUUUCCCCUGAGUGUAGGAUGGUGACAAACACCUGCAGGAAGUGCAGUUCAGCAUUCCAGAACCUUCCACAGGAGAUGGAGCUCAUCCUGUGCUUUUCAGGGUGCCAGAAAUCAGCCCCCUGUCUGUCCCAGUGAGUGACUGUAAUGUGAAUGAUCAAGGCCCUCCUGUUGGUGGUGUUAUCACCUUUCUGUGGCCAGGUACCAAUGUUUGACCAUCCUGCAGAGUCUCUCUGUCCAUGAACAGUGACUUCCUGGCAUUGUUCAUCCCUAAGGCAUCCAUGGCAGCAUCAGUGAUGUUUUUCUGAAGGUGGGAAGGCAGCCCAGCCCAGACACUUCACCAGAGGCAGCACAGGCUCUCCCUGGGGUUUGGAUACUGGAAGGUUUGCUCAUGGUUAAAUUCCCAUUUCCUGGAGCUCUGCCUGCUUUCCUCUCCCUGCAGCUGAUGCUUCAGUCACAUCCACAGGUCUGACAGGAGUGACAGUGGCAGGAAAUACUCCAAUAAAACAAUAAAUACUCCAGCAGGUGAAUUUGGGGCAGGUUUAAAGGCACCUGAGCAGAUGAACUGUAUGAGGUCUCUGGAGUGCCCAGCCCUGGAGGCAGCUCUGCACUUUAAUCUCUCGAAGUAUUUCUUUUCACUAAGGCAAUAAAAAGUGUGAAAUGAGGAGUUUGGGGCUUUGCAGCCGUGAGUGAGGAGAAGAAUGUCCUGGUUCUGUCCUCACCUGAGCUGGGCAGCAGCUUCAGAGAGCCUGUUCCCAGGGGCAGAGGCUGGGGGUGCUGCAGGCUCAGGUGAGUCCUGAACAAACCAGCAGCACCCUGGGCAUCCUGCUGGGAAUUGGGGAUGGGAGUGGGAAUUGGGGAUGGGAAUUGUGCUGCAGAUGGAUCUGCCCCGUGUGCCCUGCACUGAGCACAGAGUCCUGCUCACACUGACUGUGAGGGGGACAGGAAUGUGCACCAAGGGAACAGCACAGAAUUCCUGGGGCAAUUCACACCCAAAGCUUGAUGCCCAAGCUCCAGCCCUGCCCAGCUCCCCCAGAGCAGGGGCUGCAGGGCUGGAACCUGGCCAGAUUCUGCCUUUUCUGCCCCAAGUCCUCCAGCUUGGCUGGGGUGGUCAGUGAGCAAAUUGCACCUGGCUGCAGAGAGCACAGCUGCAUUGUAGUGGUUGGUCCCUUUAGUCAAGAAUGUUUUCACAAUGACCAAAUGUGAAAUCUGAAAAGUUUGAGGGGAAAAAAUAGUCAAAGCAGCACUAUAAAAUGGGUGUUUUCCAUGGAAGAACAGGAGUUUGGAGUGUGAGUGUUUAUUGCUCUGAGAAACAGCAGCUGCUUUGGUCAGAAGGCAACAGAAACGGGGCAGAGCCUUGGGCUUGUGGGGCUCUUUUCCCACAAAAGAGAAAUCCUCCUGGCUGAAGGAGCUGUGCAAGGAUGCUCCUGGAAGGAAAACAGUUCAGGGCAGUGCUUUGGCUCUGGGACAGUUCCCCGUGUCACUGAACUAAGUCAGGAACUCUUUUCCAGCUCAGUUUUACAUUUUACACAAUGCUACCUCUGAAACGUGACACCCCUUAAACCUACACAGAAAAUGUGAACUUAGGAAUUUUUUUUUAACCUUUUAUAGGCAAUAAAGUAUUCCCAACCUGCAUCCUUCAGUUUGUGUUUGGUUUUUGCUGAGUGUGAGCCAUCAAUUUGCUUUUAUUUUAAUGCUCUUUUUCUGUAUUUGUGCUCAUCACAAUCUGUGGAGAAGGAAAUGAUGGAAUAUUAGGGAGAAAAGCUUAGCAUGUGUUAAUGGGAGAAAACAUUUCUGUUACAGCUGAAGGAUGGGGUGGCUGUGCUGGUUUUGGUGCAGUUCCUGUGAGAAAUGGGUGAAAUCCUUAAUUCUGGUAUUAAUGAUGUUGGAACAUUGCUCAGUUCAUGAGAUGAGUUAAUCUGAGAGAGCAGUCAGUGAUCUCAGCACUGCCAGGAAAAGGUUUUACACUUUCUGAGACACCACAGUUCAUAAAAACCUCCUCAGAUUUUUGUUUCACUUGUUUCCUUUUUUUGCCAUAACUUUAUAGAGACCUUGUAGAAAGAAUUUUGAAGUGUUAAAUGAAAAUGGGUCAGUAACAAACUGAGGUCAAAAGUAGAUUUAGACCAUGUUUGUAUUCAAGUUUCAUCUGAAAAGAGUUCCUUGAAUUUCUCAUUUCUCUCCCUGGAGCGCAGGGAGGGGUGGAGGAUGCACGAGGGGGAUGGAGGGAAUGAGGCACAAGGAGGCAGAAAUGAAGGUUCUGGGUUUUAGUCAGGAAAAUCUCAAUAAACUAAAAGGUUUCUGUGCUGUGGAAAACAAGAACUUCCGCUUUAUCUGCAGAUUUUGUGAAAUACAGGUCAAAAAGUCAUUGGCAAAUCCACUGAGUUGUGCUGGGGGAAAAUUGUGUUCUCCAGUAGGAAUUUUAUCAUUUCUGGGGUUAUUUCUGGAAUUACUGAGUGUGUGUGAACACACAGAUGCAGAUUUACAAUGUGCACAGAUACACUGAUCACAGUAGCUCUACAAAGGUAUUUUAACUUGAAAUGUUAAUGGAAUUCUUCUCAAAUAUAUUUCAUUUGCUCUUAUUUUUGUGUCUUGCUGCAUAUCAAUUGCAUAGUUCUGAAAAUUAGUCAAAUACACCCAUACAAAUAUGGUUUAUUGGUUAUGUCCUUGCAACUGGUAACUUUUAGGCCUGGAAAUUUAUGAAAAUGCCCAUAAUAAUGAUAUUUUUAAGUUAUCUUGGCAAAUAAACAACUGCUGUAUUUAUGAAGAGAUAAUGAUAAUUUCUGCUUUAUUUUCACUGUAGGAAUCCGUUUCAUUUAAAAAAAAAUAUACUGAAAAUUUAAAUAUUAUUGUAUAACUUGGAUGCUUUCCUUCGCCUGCAAAACAAAAUAAUUGAUGAUUUUAAAUCUUUUAUCAUUUCCUUUUGGGCCAAUUCCUUAAGCUUUGUAACCUGAGCAUAUUCCUAAGUUUCUGUCUGAAAUCACUAUUUAUAUUUCAUUUUUCUGAUUUGUAUCAGAACGUGUAGCAAAGAAACUACUACAAACCUUCAACGGAGAUACCUCCACUAUGGUCCAGGACUCCUGAUCUGGGCACUGCCAGUGCCAGGUGCCCAGGGACACGGUCCAGACGUUUGUAUUGAGUUGGUUUUCUGUAUAUAAAGGGUAUUUAUAAUCUUGUAUUAACAGAGUCAUCAUUGGAAAUGCUGAUUUCCUGCUUUAGAAGCCUGCUCAGCUAUUUUUAUAUAAAACGUUGGUCUUCGCCUUAAUUUUUUUUUUUUUUUGGUGAAAAGUUGUGCCAUAGAUAUUUUAACUUAUCCACAGAUCCUUUACAGAGUUUGCUUUGACUUCUCUUAAUUAAUAGUUAAUUUUUUUUCCUGAAAUUAUCCUAAUUUGUUUUCUCCUCCAAAUGCAUCUCAAGGUUGGUUUGCUUUCUUAAUUUUUUUUUUUUUUUUGAAUUUUUGGACGAUCCCUUCAUCUGCAUGCUUUGGUAGCUCAAGUUUUUCCUCUGUAGUUUAUUGUUUAUAGUUUAGAAGAACCUUUUAUUGAAACCCCCUGAAGUAAUGCUUGUACAAAUGUAUUUAGGGUGGCCCAGAUGGUCAGAGAAAAGGGCUAUUUAGCAUUGGUAAAUUUGUCUACUGACUCAAGGAUAUUUUUCUACGUCUGUCAAGUUUGGGACUAUGGAGAAAUGAAAUAAAGGUGAACUAACUCCUUUUCCUAUAUGAA